AUGCAUCGGAUCGAGUAUCUGGGUCAUCAUGAAGACAGACCGAGAGUUCAGUGGCACUUUGUUGGGAUUCGACGACUACGUCAACAUGGUCCUGGAAGAUGUGACAGAGUAGUAAGCAUCCCUUCUUACUGCCGUAGCAAUAUCUUUUUUACUUGGACAGAGCAAGCUGACAUCGCUUUCCUGCUUUGUGCGCUUCGUCAACUCAACAGCGAGACUUCUCCAGACGGCAAAAAGAAGAAAACCAAGCUCGGUCAAACCCUGCUCAACGGUAACAACAUUUGCAUGCUCAUCCCAGGAUCCGAAGGUCCCGAAGACUCGUAA